UCUCCGCUGCUGCUUGGGACAAAAACCGCACGCAGCUCCUUUCAUUUCCCAGCGCUCGAGACUGCGCGAUCAGGAGGGGAGCUCGCGCUUCUUGCUGCAGGGAUAUCACAUCUGAUGGACUUGAUAUAGGACAAGUGUACACCUUUUUUUAAUCUCUAUCUGAUUAUGACCACGUAGGUGAUAGUUACAAGUGCCGUUUUGUGGAAAACAAACUUGUAAAAACGUCCUUACCGCUACCGGGUUUAAUGUGUUUUAUGUGCUUGCGCUCAACAGUGAGGUAGACUUAUGCGGGCUAAUUUUACUGGAGCGUCGGCGUGUGAUUUAUCCCGUGGAUGCGGCUGUAGGGGUCGGUGUCUGAGCCCCGCAGGAUCAGCCUGUCAUAGGGCAUCAUGAUUUCUGUUCACACGUGGAUGAGGAAUAUUUCUCCGGAGAUGCUGCUGCUGCUGCUGCUGCUGCCGAUUUUGUGGUUUUUACCUCUGACUGGAGCGGCUCCGUCUCUGACUACCGAGCAGCUGGACAUGGGGGUGGAUUGGCUGAGCAAGUUUGGCUACCUCCCGCCCCCUGACCCAGUGACUGGUCAGCUUCAGACCAAGGAGGCCCUGACCAAGGCCAUCAAAGCCAUGCAGAAGUUCGGAGGGCUAAAGGAGACCGGAGUCUUUGACCAAGCCACACUGAGCCUAAUGAAAACACCCAGAUGUUCUUUGCCAGAUGUGUCUGAAGCAGAGAUGAGAAUGGGCCGGAGGAAACGAAGCCCGACUCUUCAAAACAAAUGGAAUAAGAGGCAUCUGUCAUGGAGAGUGAGGACCUUCCCUAAGGAUUCGGCCCUACUGGGCAGGGACACUGUUCGAGCCCUGAUGUACUACGCCUUGAAGGUCUGGAGUGACAUUGCGCCACUUAACUUCCACGAGGUGGCAGGAAGUGAUGCAGAUAUUCAAAUCGACUUCACUAAGGCCGACCACAAUGAUGGAUAUCCCUUUGACGGGCCGGGGGGCACCGUGGCACAUGCAUUUUUCCCCGGAGAGAGGUUCACAGCUGGUGACACGCACUUUGAUGAUGACGAGGCCUGGACCUUCAGAUCUCCAGACUCUCAUGGGAUGGAUCUGUUUGCGGUGGCAGUCCAUGAGUUUGGUCACGCCAUCGGCCUGGUCCACACCUCAGCCAUCGAGUCUAUCAUGAGACCGUACUACCAGGGUCCUGUAGGUGACCCUUUGAAAUACGACCUACCCUAUGAAGACAAGGUCCGCGUCUGGCAGCUCUACGGUGUCAGAGACUCUGUGUCCCACACAAACCGACCAGGCAACCCCUCCCAGACAGCAGAACCUCCUGUCCUGCUGGACCUUCCUGAAAACAGAUCCACUGUUCUGCUGGCACGAGAUGCCCCAGACAGAUGCACCAGUCACUUUGAUGCAGUGGCCCAGAUACGAGGGGAGGCCUUCUUUUUCAAAGGAAAGUACUUCUGGCGAUUAACAAGAGAGAAGCACCUGGUGUCUCUUCGUCCCGCUCAGAUCCAUCGCUUCUGGCGGGGCCUCCCAACCAAUCUGGACAGUGUGGAUGCGGUGUAUGAGAGGCCUGGGGACCACAAAAUAGUCUUUUUCAAAGGUCUAAAGUACUGGGUAUUUAAAGACAAUAUCGUGGAGGAGGGUUACCCUCGUCCAAUCACUGACUUUGGCCUACCCUUGGAGGGCGUGGAUGCAGCCUUCGUCUGGCUACACAACGACAAAACCUACUUCUUCAAGGACAGCCACUACUGGCGCUACGAUGACCACCUGAGGCGCAUGGACCUGGGAUACCCUAAAGACAGCACGCUUUGGAAGGGGCUGCCAUCACAACUGGAUGACGCCAUGAGGUGGUCUGAUGGCUCGUCCUAUUUCUUCAAGGGGAAGGAGUACUGGCGAGUGCCUGGCAGUGACAUGGAGGCCGAAGCAGAAUACCCCCGCCUCAUUGCUAAAGACUGGCUGCUGUGCACCGAGAUGCAAUCUGACUCUCCAGACACAGAGCCCAAAAGCACGGAGACGAGAGGCAACGUGCACCAUCGUCCAGACCACGCAGAGAAUGGAUACGAGGUGUGCUCCUGCACCUCUGAUACCGCCUCGCCUUUGGGCGCCCGCCCCUCUCCAUCUCCCAUGUGGCUGCUGCCACCCCUCUGGACGCUCUCGCUGGCCCUCCGCUCUGAACUGCUAUGAUGCCAAAGCACGGGACAAAGUUCCUGAGCUGAUUGGUGGAGGGCCAGUGGAAACUCAGUGGAAGCAACAACUGUAAAAUGUUGUUCUUAUUAUAUCAUUUGGUAUUCUUCUUGCGCUAAUUUUGCUGUUAUUUAUUUUACAUGUCAUGUGGUGGGCACUGCCAAUUGAAGUAGUCAUCCUUAUACACAUCAACCCGCUCACAAUGCUUUACAAGGUUUUUUCAUUGAAUGGUCAAAGCGCCACAUCUCUGCAAGGAAAAAGGUUACUGAAUAGAAAUGUAUUCCAAGAGCACCAACAGUGAUUAUUUGUCUUUAUGUGCAGCAGGUUUACAGCAGCAAUGCCUCACAAACUGACAAGUUAUAAAGGCAUCCUGGAUGUAGGCAGGUGCAAAGGUGAACCGCAUGCUAACAUACACACUUGUUGCCUAUUUUAUGAAACUACAGCAGACAGCAUCAGUUCACAAAAAAUAGCUUAUUAGUAGUUCAGAAUGACCAAAAACAUGUAGAUGGUUUGAUUUUUUAUAAUGGUUUCUACCUCCACUUCAAUACAAUGGAGGUGAAAGGAAUUUUGUUUGUGCUGUUCAAAACCCUGGAAAAUUACAUUAGAAAAACUCCACUGUAGUGUGUCUUUGCAAAAACAAUGUCAGCAUUACUCUGGAUAAUCCACAGAACUCGUAGGGAUUAUUUGCUCUGUUAAAAGUAGUUCCAGUGAAAACAAUUUACAACAAGGUUGUCCACAGUAACAGGGACACUGUUUCUAAAAAAGACACACUGUUGUUGAUUUUGUUUUAAAAGUAAAAAGUAAUUUUUCAGCACUAACACUUUCCGUUCCCCUCCAUUGUACUGGAUGUCUCAGAAACUGGGAAAAUAAACCCAAAACUAUCUACAUGGCAAGAUAGCACCAGAGGUAAAAAUAAUAAUAAUAAUAAUAAUUCACAAACACACACAAACACAUCCAUCCAUGUGCAAUGUAAGGUCGGAACUAGAUCGACUGAAGUGCUCGUGAUAAGCGUGAAUGUUUGGGCUCCUACUCCUACUCUGCAGACAGUGUGUAAAUUUCUUACUGUGAGAGCCGCAAGGGUGGACGAAUGAGUAGGUGGAUGGCAUUCAUCAGCACCAGUUUCCUUGCCUAAAUCCCUCAACUGUACUCUGAAUUGAGGAACUGCUGCUCAUGUGCGGAUUUCCAUGGGUUCAUCAUUUUCACCUCAGCUUCGGAAGCAUUCCCCGCUCUUGGUUUAGUUGUCAUUUUUGUAUCUUAUUCAGAUUAAACAAUAUUCCUGUUUAUUUCACAUUGUUUAGAUCAGGUCAUAGAGUUUAUUGAGCCUUUUUGUGACUGUUGGACAUUUUCCUUAAAUCGCCCCGAGUUCCUUCAGAAUACAAGAGUCACAACAUGGUCCCUGGAUUUAUUCUUGCUGUAAAGAUAUAUUUACCUAUAGACUGAUAAAUUUGAGUUGAAAGGUUUUGCAGUUAUUGCAUAGCCGAGUGGACUGUGUAUAUUUUAAGCUGUGUUUUCUAAUGUAAAAUAUUUUUGUAGAAAAAUAAAAAAAAAUCUGAAUGAC